ACUAGUCCCUCUCUCUCUCUCUCUCUCUCUCUCUCUCCAUGGCUCCACUCUAUGAAUAAAUAAAGAAAACAAUGAAAGGUUAAAACCCCAAACUCUCUGCAAACCCAACCCCUCGAAAGCAAAACCUCAAAACCCUAGCAAUGGCAGACGAAGACCAAUACGGAGUGCUCCUCUACUACAAGUACGCACAGAUCACCGACCUAGACUCACUCUUCUCCUUCUACGAAUCCAACUGCGACUCCCUCUCUCUCCUCGGCCGUGUCCGCCUCUCUCCCCACGGCGUCAAUGUCACUGUUGGUGGGAAGCUAUCAUCGUUGGAGAAACACAUUGCUGCUGUGAAAUCAAAUGCUUUGUUCGAAGGGACUGAUUUCAAGCUCGCAACUUGUGAUCACCCAGUAGAUGAUAAGGUUGCUAAGGAAUGUGGAUUCACUUCUCUUUCAAUAAGAAUAGUUAAGGAGUUGGUUACUCUUAGUUCUGACCCUCUGUUGAAGUCACCUGAAAUUUCAAAUGCUGGGAGGCAUCUCUCUGCAGCUGAGUUUCAUUCUGCUCUUCAGGGCACUGGACCACUUUUAGAGAAAGAUAGCCCAACAUGCAAUGAAGACCUUGUUCUAUUGGAUGCAAGGAAUUUAUAUGAGACAAGAAUUGGGAAGUUCCAUGUGCCAAAUGUGGAAACUUUGGAUCCAGGAAUUAGGCAGUAUAGUGAUCUGCCCUCGUGGAUAGAUGAUAAGUCUGAGCAAUUAAAAGGGAAACGUGUUCUUAUGUACUGCACUGGAGGGAUUAGGUGUGAGAUGGCUUCAGCAUAUAUUAGGUCUAAAGGUGCUGGGUUUGAGAAUGUGCUUCAGUUAUAUGGCGGGAUACAGCGUUAUUUGGAACAAUUUCCAGAUGGUGGUUUUUUCAAAGGAAAGAACUUUGUUUUUGACCAUCGGAUAUCAGUUGGGAGCUCAGAUCCAAAUAUCAUUGGUACCUGCCUUCUUUGUGGCUCCUCAUUUGAUGAUUAUUCUUCACGCUGCAGAUGCACCCAUUGUAGGAUGCUUGUUUUGGUCUGUGAUAGUUGCAGGAUGGAGGGUGCUCUAUACAUUUGUGAGUUAUGUCAGAAAUAUGGUAAGGGUGUUCAGUCAGUUCCAUCACUCGAAAAUGGCAAAAUACAAGAAGAGCAUAAACUGGUUUCCUUGGAUACCAAACUCUCACCUCAACUGCCUUGGAGCCACGGUAAUGAAUCUCCAAGAAAACUAAGAAUCUUAUGCCUGCAUGGGUUUCGGCAGAAUGCCUCCAGUUUCAAAGGAAGGACUGCAUCAUUAGCCAAAAAACUCAAAAACAUUGUUGAGCUUGUUUUUGUUGAUGCACCUCAUGAGUUACCCUUCAUUUACCAGCCCUGCAUCACAGAGUCACAUGGAGAGUGUGCAUCAUCUUCAUUACAGCAAACACAUCCUCCACCAUCCGAGAAUUGCAGGAAAAAGUUUGCAUGGUUAGUAGCCCCCGAUUUCAAUAUAAGUGGGGAAGUUGAUUGGAAAAUAGCAAAUGGUUCAUUUGACCCUCUCCAGUACCUGCAGCAAACUGAUGGCUUUGAUGUAUCUCUGGCAUAUUUAAAGUCUGUGUUUUCUCAGAAAGGGCCAUUUGAUGGGAUUCUGGGAUUUUCUCAGGGUGCAGCAAUGGCUGCCUUAGUCUCUGCACAACAAGAGAGGCUCAAAAGUGAAAUGGAUUUUAGAUUUGUGAUUUUGUGUUCUGGGUUUGCUAUUAAAUUGGCAGAGUUUGAAUGUCAAGCGAUCAACUGCCCUUCACUUCACAUUUUUGGUAGUGACCGUGGCAAAGACAGGCAGAUUGCAAACCUAGCUAGCAGGGACCUUGCUUCUUUAUUUGAUGAUGGAUGCUCUGUGAUAAUUGAACACGACUCUGGUCAUAUAAUUCCUACUCGGUCUCCUUAUAUUGAUGAGAUUAGAAAUUUUCUUCUUCGUUUCCUUUAAUAGAAUUAAACAUCCCAUUUGGUACUCUCAGAGUCUCAGUGCAAGAUUUUGACUCAAUUUGUUUGCAGUUAUGUAAUAUCAAGGGUGGGUUAGUGAUUACUGUUUAUAAAGGAAUUUACAUAGAACAUUUUAAA